GUACUUUUUGUACUCUUUGUUGAUAUCACGAACGUCAAAUAAAACUGUGCGUCUGAUCUGGGAAUAACAUUAUACAAAUACAUAACCUAAUUCAGAAUAACUUUUGAAACCCCAUACUUAUUUAUCUAAUGACUAUACCAAUACUCAGUUUUCGUGGAGACGCACUUAUUUUAUGUAAUGUUUGAAUGACCGUAUACCGCGAAUUGGGUUGUCACAUUUCGGCCACCGUAAAAGAGGGUAGUUGGAGAGUUAUGAUUCCGCUGUUGGUUAUACUAGCAAAUCAACUGUUAGUUGUAUCAGUGAUUAGUAUGAAUAAAGUGUAAUAAAAACUAUACCUGUUUUCACUGGUGUUGCACAGAGUGGCAGCAAUGCGCUCCUUGAGUUAUGUGCAGCGGGUUGAGUUAGACUUUAGCGGUAGUGUUUUUCCUCAUGCUGUCUGCUUAGGAGACGCUGACAACGACACGCUAAAUGAGUUAGUUGUGGGAGAUACUAGUGGGAAGCUGUAUGUGUACAAGAAUGAUGAAAGCAAGCCCUGGAUUACACGUAGUUGUCGAGGAAUGGUGACUUGUGUUGGAGUUGGAGAUGUAUGCAAUAAAGGGAAGAAUUUAGUGGUGUCAGUGAGUGCAGAAGGUUGGUUCCACCUCUUUGAUUUUAGCCCGCUGGCAAUGAAAUCUGAAACUUCUAGUUAUCACGAGGUUCAAUUUGGAGAUGAGCAGAAGCCUUUAUUCACUCAGCACAUCCCUGCUAAUACAAAGGUUAUGCUUAUCAAAGAUAUUGAUGGAGAUGGAAAGAGUGAGCUGGUAGUAGGAUACACUGACAGGGUUGUUCGAGCGUUCCGUUGGGAGGACAGCUUUGAUAGUCCUGAUCAGAUUGUUGGACAACUAGUGCUGCUUAAAAAGUGGCUUCUUGAAGGCCAGGUUGACAGCCUAUCUGUGAAUCCAGGUAUUGAUGGGACGCCAGAUCUAAUGGUGUCCCAACCAGGCUGUGGAUAUGCUAUUCUUCUGUGCACUUGGAAGAUGGACAGCUCUUCUUCACAAGAAGCAGAAGCCAGUUCUGCACUGAGCAGUGACAGCCCUGCUCGUGAUGUCAUUCUUCAUCAGACUUCUGGCAGAAUUCACAACAAGAAUGUAUCUACUCACCUGAUUGGUAGCAUUGGACAAGCAAUGAAAGAAGACUCUCAAAAAUCUGGCCUGUUUGCUCUUUGCACUCUAGAUGGGACAGUGAAGUUGAUGGAAGGAACAGACAAGCUGUUGUGGUCAAUGCAGGUAGACCACCAGUUAUUUGCACUAGAAAAACUGGAUGUUACUGGCAAUGGGCAGGAAGACGUUGUAGCCUGUGCUUGGGAUGGCCAGACGUACAUAAUUGACCAUAACCGAUCAGUGGUGAGGUUUCAGGUUGAUGAGAAUGUCAGUGCUUUCUGUGCAGGUUCAUAUGCCUGCAAAGAUGGUAAAAAUAGUCCAUGCUUGGUCUAUGUCAGCUUCAACUAUAAAAUAUACGUGUACUGGAGAGUGGAGCUUGAGCGGAUGGAAUCAACUAAUCUUGCAAAAGUGCUCGAGGCUAAUCCUGAGUUCAGAGAACUCCUGCAGAAACUAAAUAUUGAUCCUAAUGAUGGUGCUGCUGUCAGAGACCUGCUGCACAACACACUGUACUUUCCAAACAGACAGAAAGAAAGUGACGUUUCCUGAAGAGAAUCAUUCAUAAGGAUCCAGUCAUAAACUACUGAAUGCCAAUUUUUUAUAAAUUUGAGAAUAAAAAAGCAAACUUUACUGGACAAGCACUUGUAUGAAAAACAGAAUGCAGCAUCUAUUCAUCAGCAUCACUUAAUCUUUUUUAAAGAUUUAUGUUAUUUGCUGUAGAUGCACGUUGUAAUAUUUGCUGAAUAAAAUGUAUUAAAUAUAA